AUGUUCAAUAUUGUAUUGUCAAAAUGGAUUAACAGACCAUAUAUGAAUACAUCUUUAUGGAAAAAAAGUGAAUCAAAAUUAUAUAGUUCGCAUGUAUAUGCAUCUAAAGUUAAAAAUUAUAUAGAAAAUGCAGUUGUUUUAUGUGAUAGUAAUUCAAUUGGUAUUAAAUUAGAUAUUUUUAAUUUUAAUGGUGGAAGAAUUUUUCCAUCACGUCAUGAUGGAAUUUAUAAAUGUAUUUCUUAUUAUCCUAAGAAUUCUUCAACAAUUACCUAUAGAUUACCAUUGAAUGCAUCAGAUUGUGGUGUAUGGAAUUUUAAAAAAAGUGAUAAAUUUUUGUCUGUCGAGUAUACGAUAACUGUUAUAGUUAGUUUUCAUCCACAAAAAUUGACAGAAGAUGAUAAAUUAUAUAAUUUAAAAUGUGUUUAUAAUGCUAUGCAUCAAUCAUUGAAUGCUUUAAUGGAGAUUAGUACAUUUUCAAAUAAAAAUCUUAUACAUGAAGAAGGAAUUCCGGAUUGUCAUUACUCAUUACAUAGAAAUUCAAUUGAUGGUCCUUCUAUCGGAAAAGUAAAUAUUGGAGAAAAAGUAUUUCAUACAUGGAAAUGUAACAAUCCAGCUUUUGCAAUGAAAGUUUAUCAAUGUUAUGUAGGUGAUGGAUCCAGUAGAAAAUAUUUAAUAAUUGAUGAAACUGGUUGUUCAAAAGAUAUCAAUAUAUUACCAGAUUUGAUUUAUUCAAGUUCACUAAAUUUAGUUUAUAGUGAAGCAAAAGUUUUUAAGUUUGCACAAAGUUCACAAAUGCAUUUUUCAUGUUUAAUAUUACUUUGUCCUAAGGUUGAUCCUAAUUGUAAAAAAUAUAUUCCACCAAAUUGUAAAAAUAAUAAAAAAAAUGGAAGGUUUCGUCGUGCCGGUAUUCAAAAUACUAUGAAUGAAAUGAUUGAAGGAAAUUAUACUAUAAUAAAUGACAAAAAAAGUAUUGAUAAUAAUAAUUGUAAAUUUUGGUAUUAUAACAAAUUUCUAAUACUAUCAAUGAUUUUUAACAUUAUUACACUCUUUCUUUUAACAGUUUCAAUAUUUUACAAUUGGAAACAUAUAUUUCGUGGGAAAGUUGAAAUAAAUAGUGUUAACAGAACUAUACCUAAUAAUAGAGAUACAUGA